CUGCAGUCAGACAUCCACCGCCUGCUUGGCUCCUGCCCUCAGCCCUGUGGUCACCCUGUCCUCUCUCUCUACAGGGGCGUGGGCAACAAGCCAUGCAACAGUCCCAAGGGCCACCCCCCCGAGGGACACUCCUCAGUCACCGAUCUGGCCAACUCUCUCACCGGAGACAUGGUCAUGCUGUCCCCGGGAUCAGAGGAUGACGAUGGUGAAGGUGCUGUCAGUGAGAAGCUGGGACGGAUCCAGUUCUCUGUUGGUUACAGUUUCCAGGACUCCACUCUGACCGUCAAGAUCCUCAAGGGCCAGGAGCUACCAGCCAAGGACUUCUCUGGGACCUCUGACCCCUUCGUCAAACUCUACCUGCUGCCUGACAAGAAGCACAAACUGGAGACCAAGAUCAAGAGGAAGAACCUCAACCCUCACUGGAACGAGACCUUCCUGUUCGAAGGUUUCCCAUACGAGAAAGUGAGGGAGAGGACUCUGUACCUGCAGGUCUUGGACUUUGACCGGUUCAGUCGCAACGACCCCAUCGGGGAGGUUUCCAUCCCUCUCAACAAGCUCAGUGACCUGGGACACAUGCAGACCUUCUGGAAGGAACUCAAACCCUGCAUGGAUGGAGCUGGGAGGCGAGGGGACCUGCUGGUGUCUCUGUGCUAUAACCCAACAGCCAACACCAUCACUGUGAACAUCAUCAAAGCACGCAAUCUCAAAGCCAUGGACAUAGGCGGAACAUCGGACCCCUAUGUGAAGCUUUGGCUGAUGCACAAGGACAAACGCAUUGAGAAGAAGAAGACAGUGACUAUAAAGCGUUGUCUCAACCCCGUCUUCAAUGAGUCUUUCCCCUUCGAUGUUCCGGCCCACGUCCUCCGGGAGACCACCAUCAUCAUCACGGUCAUGGACAAGGACCGGCUCAGCCGCAACGAUGUCAUCGGCAAGAUCUACCUAUCAUGGAAGAGUGGUCCAGCGGAAGUGAAACACUGGAAGGACAUGAUGGGCCGGCCGCGUACCAACGUGGCCCAAUGGCACGCUCUCAAGGCCUGAUGGUCCCGCCUACCCCCACUUCAGUGACCCCAUACCCUCCCCCUCCCUCCAACGUCCAAUCCCCAUCCUUAUGCACAACACUGACUACCUGCCAGGCUGCAAAAUACGGCCUCUACUAGCCUACUGUAGGUACGGUGCCAUUUUGGCCACUGCAACGAUGUCCCAUGGAAUCACAGAAAAUCUUUCAAUAAAAUAUGCAGUGCCAUUAUAAACAAAUAUUCCAAGUAACAGUAAUAUGAGUGUAAAGUAAUUCUGAGACAGACAAAACCCCUCUAGAAAAUAAUCUGUAUGGAAAUGAUGUGUCCCUGUCCUUCUCUCCUUCUCUAAUCUGUGAUGUCUCCCUCUCCUUCUCCCCUUCUCUCCGUCUCUCCUCUGUGAUGUCUUCCUCUCCUUCUGUCCUUCUUUCCUCUCUUUCAUUCCUUCUCUCCUCUGUGAUGUCUCCCUCCAUCUCUCCUGUGUGAUGUCUCUCUCUCAUUCUGUCCUUCUGUCCUUCUCUCCUUCUCUCCUCUGUGAUGUCUCCCUCUCCUUCUCUCCUUCUGGCCUUCUCUCCGUCUCUCCUCUGUGAUGUCUCCCUCUCCUUCUCUCCUGCGUGAUGUCCCCCUCUCCUUCUCUCCUCUGUGAUGUCUCCCUCUCCUUGUCUCCUCUGUGAUGUCCCCUUCUCCCCUGUGUGAUGUCCCCUUCUCCCCUGUGUGAUGUCCCCUUCUCUCCUGUGUGAUGUCUCCUUCUCUCCUGUGUGAUGUCUCCCUCUCCUUCUCUCCUGUGUGAUGUCCCCUUCUCCUUCUCUCUUCUGUGAUGUCUCCCUCUCCUUCUCUCCAGUGUGAUAUCCCCUUCUCCUUCUCUCCUCUGUGAUGUCUAACUCUCCUUCUCUCCUGCGUGAUGUCCCCUUCUCCCCUGUGUGAUGUCCCCUUCUCCCCUGUGUGAUGUCCCCUUCUCUCCUGUGGGAUGUCCCCUUCUCCUUCUCUCCUUUGUGAUGUCCCCUUCUCCCUCUCUCCUCUGUGAUGUCUCCCUCUCCUUCUCUCCUCUGUGAUGUCCCCUUCUCCCCUGUGUGAUGUCCCCUUCUCUCCUGUGUGAUGUCCCCUUCUCCUUCUCUCCUCUGUGAUGUCUCCCUCUCCUUCUCUCCUCUGUGAUGUCUCCCUCUCCUUCUCUCUUCUGUGAUGUCUCCCUCUCCUUCUCUCCUGUGUGAUGUCUCCCUCUCCUUCUCUCUUCUGUGAUGUCUCCCUCUCCUUCUCUCUUCUGUGAUGUCUCCCUCUCCUUCUCUCCUGUGUGAUGUCUCCCUCUCCUUCUCUCUUCUGUGAUGUCUCCCUCUCCUUCUCUCCUCUGUGAUGUCUCCCUCUCAUUCUCUCCCCUGUGUGAUGUCUCCCUCUCCUUCUCUCUUCUGUGAUGUCUCCCUCUCCUUCUCUCCUCUGUGAUGUCUCCCUCUCCUUCUCUCCUCUGUGAUGUCUCCCUCUCCUUCUCUCCUCUGUGAUGUCUCCCUCUCCUUCUCUCCUCUGUGAUGUCUCCCUCUCCUUCUCUCCUCUGUGAUGUCUCCCUCUCCUUCUCUCUUCUGUGAUGUCUCCCUCUCCUUCUCUCCUCUGUGAUGUCUCCCUCUCAUUCUCUCCCCUGUGUGAUGUCUCCCUCUCCUUCUCUCUUCUGUGAUGUCUCCCUCUCCUUCUCUCCUCUGUGAUGUCUCCCUCUCCUUCUCUCCUCUGUGAUGUCUCCCUCUCCUUCUCUCCUGUGUGAUGUCCCCUUCUCCUUCUCUCCUCUGUGAUGUCUCCCUCUCCUUCUCUCCUGUGUGAUGUCUCCCUCUCCUUCUCUCCUGUGUGAUGUCCCCUUCUCCUUCUCUCCUCUGUGAUGUCCCCUUCUCCUUCUCUCCUCUUUGAUGUCUCCCUCUCCUUCUCUCCUGUGUGAUGUCCCCCUCUCCUUUUCUUCUCAAGGAUUAGAUAUCUUGUCUAUAUUGGUUGGAAUUGUCCUAGCCAUCUCUCUCUCUUUUUCUGAAUGUGUCUACCCUCUCUAUCUUUUCUCCUUGUUAUGACCUUCUCUCUCUUCUCUGGAAAGUGUUAUAAUGUUCAACUGAAGUUGUAGAGAGAAAGAAACCAAUCAAUACUGUUUGUGAUGAUGACAUAACCUGAAGAUCGCUGAACAGCAAAUGGAAUUAUUGACACUUGAUGCUGUUGUCUCUCUCUCUGUCUCUGUCUCUCUGUCUCUGUCUCUCUCUGUCUCUCUGUCUCUGUCUCUCCCUCUCUCUCCCUCUCUCUCUCUGGCACAAUAUUAGUGACUCUCCCCCUUGCUGGACCCCUUGUUGUCUGUGUGCUGUGGGUGCUGUGUUGUAGCUCCAAAAAACUUAGAGAUUAUUAAAAAACUAACUGAACUUUGAGCUGAACUACGGAACACUUCUUCCUGCCAUUCCAAGGGAAACAGCCCUGACAACGAUUGGAGAGAGAAAAAAGAGGAUGAUGAAACA